GCGAAAGAGAAGUGGAGCGGAGACGGUCGAGGGCUGAAACACCAGCAGGCGACCGGGCGAUUGGAGCGCCUGGGGGGGUUGGGGGCGAACCCCCACCUCCACCCGAUUCUUCUGCGCGCCCGGGGAGCGCAGUGGAGGGGCCCCUGCGUGCCAACCGCCCCCAUGGGCACGGAGGCCGGGUGGUGCCUGCUGCUCUGCCUGGCUCUCUGGGGAGAGGCGGUGCCCACAGACAGGCUGUGGCGCCCGGUGGAUGUGAUCUUCGAUUGUCUCCUGGCCAAGGAAGGCGGGCCGAGAGCAGGUUUCACUAGCAGUGAGGACAGGGCGAAGGCCGUGCUGGUGCUCAGACAGGUGCCCGUGCUGGACGAUGGCUCCCUGGAGGGCUUCACCGACUUCCAGGGGGACCAACUAUCCAAGGAUGACCCACCUGUCACCUUUGAGGCCUCAGUGGACCUCGUCCAAAUCCCCCAGGCCGGGGACCUCCUCCACGCAGAGUGCAACGAGAAGCAGGUGACCUGUGAGUUCUCGCGCUACUUUCUCCAGGCGGGGCCGGAGACCGCAGUGGACACAGCAGCCUACUUCCUGGCCAGCGUGCAGGUGUCCGAGGGCGGUCCAAGCAUCUCCAUGGUGAUGAGGACGCUCGGGGAGGUGGACAAAGGGAACGCCUGGCAUCCCACGCUAAACCUGCCCCUGAGUCCUCAGGGUACUGUGAAGACUGCAGUGCAAUUCCAGAUAACCACCCAGACCCCCACCCUGACUUCUCCGCUGGGGUCCUCGGUCUCCCUGCACUGCGGCUUCUCCAAGGCACCAGACCAGGCCCUGCUCAGCGUAGAGUGGCGGCUGCAGCAUCAGGGCCACGGGCGGCUGGUGUACCGCUGGAUCCGGGGACAGAGGCGGGUAGAGCGGCCGGGUGCUACCCUGGAGCCGGAGCCACUGCUGGAAGCGGGCGACGCCUCCCUCAGCCUCCCCGACCUCGUCGUGGGGGACGAGGGCACCUACAUCUGCCAGGUCACCACCUCCCAGUAUCAAGCCCAGCAGAUCGCCCAGCUGCACAUCCGAGCAUCCCCCAAAGUCCGACUGAACCAAGAAACUAAAAGCCUGCCUCCCACUCUCACCUGCCACGUCACUGGCUACUACCCUCUGGACGUGGCCAUCACCUGGACGCGAGAGGAGCCGGGCAGCCCCCCGGCCCCUGUCCCUGAGGCCUCCUUCUCCAGUCUACGGCAAAGUGCGGCCGGGACCUACAGCAUCUCCUCCUCCCUCACUGCUGACCCCGGGCCAGCGGGUGCCAUGUACACCUGCCAGGUCACCCACGUGUCCUUGGAGGAGCCUCUGCGAGCCAGCACCUGGGUUGCCCCACCAGAGCAGAGAACCAUCUUCGGCGCCCUCUUCGCCAGCUGCCUCUUCGUCCUCACCCUGUGGCUCCUGGUGCUUCAGAGGCGGCAAGCGACCUCCCCGAGGUCUGCCAAGACGCUGAGGGCCUCCGGGUAACCCGUCUCCUGCCGUGGCGUGGGAUGGAGGCAUCACGGAAGGGCCCCGACGCCCCUUCGAGCGCCCCCAUCCCCCUGGCCCUUGAGAUGGUAGCAGGAAGGCGCAGUUCUCGGCACUGAGUCCAUCUUGCUCUGCAUCCUGGAGGAUG